AUGCAAUGCAAUCGUUGGUGCCCCCGCCUCAUCCUGGGGCUCCCUAGGCCUGGGCAGGGCCCAGCUAUAAAAGCAUACCGCGUCGCCCCUCAGAUACGUAGUGUUUUCCCGUGUACAGCACAAGAAAAAUCGACCACGAUGAAGUUCGUCAUUGUUCUCUUCGCCGUCAUGGCUGUCGCCAACGCCUUCCCCGGAAUCCCAUGGGCUGCUCCGGUACAUGCCCCGGAAGUGCAUCAGGUGCUUCAGGUCCCCCAGCAGCAGUCGGUCCCUCCCCCACAUCCUCAGCCGCUGACCAUCAAGGUGCAAAGCCAUGCGAACAGGAUCCCGUACCAAGCCCCGCACAUUGUCAAGCCCCAUUUGAUCGGGUACGAGGCGUACGUCGAGCCCGUCAAGGUCGUCAAGGCCCCUGUCCACCACCCCUGGGAUUAGAGUUCGGAACGGCGCCAACUGAACACGCUGGUCCAGGCUGAUCCAUCCUGGACGAGCCUUAGGUGCUCGACGUAGCGACGCUUUGCGGAUAUACAACGGUAACCAUGGCCAAUCAUCGAAAUUCUCUUGGCGGGAAAGAGGCCCAGGGAUCAUAUACAACACGGAGGGCAUCGAUGUCGACAGGAAGGGGGCAAAUCCGUGGA